UUGUCAUACUCAAUCUGACACUCAUGAGUGUGCACCCAUAUGACGUGAGACACUCCGGCACAUGACAUAUUUGGCUUUAAAAUGACGUCACGGCAACGUGGGGCUCAGCAGGCAGGUUGUUUCAGUCUGAGAGAAGAGGAGCAGCACUCCCCCUCUGUCCAACUCCUCUGAAAGAACUCUCAGCCUCCAGGAUUCUCCUUCGUCGCUUCCCCUCUUCCUUUUUUCAUUUGCACCUAUUUUUUUUUUCCACUUUGUGUAACCCCUCCGCACCCCUCAACACCUGCAGAGAUAUGAGUGGAUAAUGAGGACCCCCUGCCAGCGGUGACUUGUUUCCUCCGUGCUUCAGAGAACCGAACAUCCUCAUCUUCCACCCCCAAUUUUUUUGGACGUUCAUCUGCCUUUCAACAAUGUAGGAGAAGGUGCGCUGUCAUUUCAGCGACGAAGAUACGAGGACUACAUGCCUUGUUUUUGCUCUCCGCAGUUUACAUCUUUUUUCCCAGCCGGCGGGGAUGAAAGAUUUGCGUGAAGGCAAAGUUUGAGGGUACCUUUGUUGGUUUCCCGCUCACCUGUCCGCCUGCACGCGUGUACACCUCUCCGUUUAACUGAUAACGAGGCACACUGUCGCCAGCAGAACAAUUGAAGAGCAACUUAACAGAGACCUGACUAUUGCUCUGGUAUUGUAGUGGGAUUUGGCAGCGCUAUUGGAGGAAUUUGAUGUGCGCAACGUUGAAGGAUAUGGCUUAAAUAAUGGUUGCGUUACUGACAGCUGGAGUAAGGUCCGUCACUUGAGUGUUUUUUUAUCAGCUAUUGUCGACUUUGGUGGAAACCCAUCUAAAUGGGAGGAUACCUGGAGGACUGAGUCGGAUUCGGCAGUCGAGAAAAAUGUGGAUAAAACGGAGUGUUGCGCGCAGUCCGUCUACUUUGAGGCCAGGCAGCUAUGUGGGGCACCGGGUGUGGAUCCUGCUGGCCAUGACCCACCUCACCCUGGACUUCUCUGUGUGCAGCCCCCUCAGUCAGGGUCUGGGGAUCAAGCUCACGUCUAAAUUGGUGCCUCGCUCACGACCUCGCUGGCAGCCACUCUGGGACACACCCAACAAGCUUCACUGGAGAACAGUGAGCCCAUUGGCCCGUCGGCUCCUCAACCCUAUCCCUCCACCCCAAGACAAUAGGGCAGGGAUAGGGCCAAAAGUCAAGGGUCAAAAGCAUCGGAAGCCAGCACAUAAAGGACAAGCUGAGUGUAAGGAGUGCCGGUUGAGAUACUUUCAAAUGGAGACAGGUGAUCCUUUGGCUGUAAUAGCGGAGGCUCCAGCAGCUUUAUCCAGCGGGAGUAGAGUAGACACAGUGAGGUUGUUACUUAGAGCCAGGAGGCAGCUUAAAUGGGACAGCAAUGACAAGUCUCAGGAGGGCCGGACUACCACGGUGGCCGGAUUUAUCGACUGGGGACCCACAGGGACAGAUAUCAUAGAUGACGAUGGCAAACAGGAGCCCAACAUAACGCUGUCCACCAGGGUCUCAACUACCACAGUGGCCACAACCAUUAGCACUACAACAACCAGGCUCUCCCAAAGGACGUUCACUGUGGUGACCACACCAGAGCCCAAGAGGCUAAGCACCACCAAGGCCACUAUCAGCUUCGGGGAGACUGUCAAACCACCAAAGCCAUAUGGGGACACACCAGGUUUAGCAGUUCACCAGAUAAUCACAAUCACUGUGUCUCUCAUUAUGGUUAUCGCAGCCUUGAUCACAACACUCGUCCUUAAAAACUGCUGUGCGCAGUCGGGGAAUGGCCGCCACAAUAGUCAUCAGCGCAAGAUCCACCAGCAGGAAGAAAGCUGCCAAAACCUGACAGACUUCACCCCAGCCCGGGUGCCCAGCAAGGUGGACAUAUUCACUGCCUACAAUGACAGCCUGCAGUGCUCACAUGAGUGCGUUCGGACUGCUGUGCCCAUCUACACUGAUGAGAUGAUCCAGCAGACACCUGUCUAUAAGACUGCUUACAACGGAAACAGGCCCUCCCCCACUGAACGACAACUGAUUCCUGUGGCCUUUGUGUCAGAGAAAUGGUUUGAGAUCUCUUGUUGACGAGCUGAAGGCCUUGUUCACUUCCUGUGGGUGGAAAAGACUUCCUGAAUUCAUGCUCUGGAUCCAGUUGGAAACAAGAAACACACAAAACAGCUUCUUUUGUAAAAUAGUGUGAUCACCUCAUCUUUGGACACUGAUGAAGAUAUUUAUUUUUCUAGAGAUGACAAGCAGAGCAGCCACAACGCUGCCACUCCAUAUUUCAAGGAACGUACAGUCAUUUAGAUAUAGAUUAUAUAUAGGUAUAUUUACAGGAUGUGUGGGACAAGACUCUGGACGUCACGGAUGUCUUAAGGGAAACACUUGACAUUUGAAAAAGGAACCCACGGAGCUGCUGUGGGUGGAAGAUGAACUGUAUUUUUGAACAAUGUGCCAAUAAUGCCACUAUGUGCCACAACCUGGAUAGAAGGAAGUUUCAACAAGAACUGAUGGACUACACAAAGAGCGCUAUAUUAACCCUGUAUCGACUCCAACUACAUUGUUUGUUUGUUUGUUUUUUAAGAAAUGUGAAAGAUAAAAAAAUGCUACAAAUGUAUUUGAAUAUGUUUUGAAAUAGUUUUAAGAAAUGUGUUGCAAAAGAGUCUAAAAGAUAUUUAUAUGAAGCACUAUUCUAUUAGUUGGGGAAGAGAGAAGACAGAAAAAAGAAACGAUAUAUGCUUUAUUGAACAGUUGAUUUUAAAACAUCGUUUCUAUAGGUCCCAUUUUAAAAACAGAAUAGUUAAGUCUAUUUUUUUACACAGACAAGUCUGCCACAGCCCUAACACUGGAGGUCCAAAGCACUUGGGAUUCAGUACUGUUAAUUAAAUACUCCCACCUGAGCUGAGGUUAUAACAAUAAAGAAAAUCAUCUGAAUACACCUGGUGCAAGCCAGUCCAAGGCCUGCUCCAAUUACUUAUUAUGUAAGAAUUUUACCUGAUUUGGCGUAAUGAAAAAACAAACAAAAGGUUUCUGUGAUGCAGGAUCACUGUUGCAACAAAUUCCAUUGCAGCAAAAUUCAUGUAUAGAUUGAGUAAGGACAGCCACAACAGACUGCAUGGAGUUGGACAGGACAUUCAUACUGCCUCAGGUCUGUCCAGCUCUCUUGCACACUUUAUGUUGGUCUCAGCAGCUGUUUGGGAUAAAUUCUAAUGAUUGGGUAUGAUUUAGAUCCGAGCCUCAGUGCUUAAAGAGUGGAAUAGAUUCAAUUUGAGCUUCAAAUUCAAAUAAUUCAUGUGAUAAUUUGCAUAAAUAGGAAAGAGAUUGAAUAAUGAAUCCCUCCACAGAUAGUAAAUGAACAUCCCCACCCAACUCCCAGAUUGGUUCACUUUUCAUCAAUUAUUUUUUUAACCUAAAAGUCUGAAUUAUAGUCAGCAGAACAUCAACCAAUUUGUUGAAGACGGAACAUAAAAUUAUCCUCAGUUUUUUAACUAAGAAUGAAGAAGAAGCUGUGAAAGAGGUGCUGCAAAGUAGUGCAGUCCUGGGCCUCAGGAUCAAAAUGAUCUGCAUCAUGUGUUUUAAAUGCAAAAUGUAAGCAGGGAGGAAUUCCCUCAUCGAAUGUGUGGUGAAAGUUUAGUUUGCUCUCUCCAGAGCCAGAUCCACUCAAUACUUGAGGACAAUAUUAUAGCAUAUCAGAAUUUCAGCUAUCACAGCCAGGAAGUUGGGGGUUGUGCACAAAUAGAAUGCUUGUUUGUGUGGCGAAGGAGGCAGUGCUAAAAUAUGAUACAGAUCUAUGAGAAAGAAGUUUUUUUGUUUUUUUUUCAAAGACCUAAAACACUCUGUCAGUGUAUUGUUGAAGUGAGGGGAUUAUGACAAACCAAUUAGCCGCUGCCAAAUUGGUUUAAACUAUCUCUUAAGUCAAGGUGAGGGAACUCCAUGGUCAGGAAGAACAGUAAAGCUCUCCCGAGAGCUUUCUGGCACCAUGAAUUUUAUUAUCAACCUCAAGCUCUGAAAGACAGAUUAUCUUUGUGAUAUAAAGCUUUUUAAGGAAGCCUCCUAUGAAUCUACCUUUUAUUGUGCUGUGGGUUUGUACAAAGCACAAAUACAAUUCUGUAAUUGUAAACGUUUUCGGCUGCAGACAGCAAUAUGUACAGAUUUAAAAGGUGGAUUUUAUUGUGUGUCGGCAGUGGAUCUCCAGUAAUACACUUAGGUGGUUUUAAGGCUUGUCCUCACUUCCUUAAAGGAUUAUUAAAAAAAAAAAAAAAAAGGUUGUCCCAGUGAGAUCAGUAUCUGUAAAUGUGAGCCAUUCAGGAGGUGCCAAGGCGGCCUGGGAUAAACACUGUGGUGCAAAACUCCUGCUUUUGCCCAUUCACAACAUGAAAACCACUCUCAUGAAUGACCCAUACCAAUUCAGCCUCACAUGUGUGUCAGGCUGCGGAGUUGCUUCUUUGACAUAACAUAUAUUUUUUUGAAUGAAGAGUGUUAUCUUAAUAGAGGGUUAUGAAAACUUACUGUAUAUUAUACACGUGUAAAUGUAUUUUCUAUAUAUUUGCUUCUAUUUGUGUACAGGUGUGUUCUAUUUUUCAGGACCUCUCCCGUUUUUGGGAAGGUUUCAGCUAGGUCGGGGAUAGUGUCUUUGUUUACAUGUGUAAUUAUGGUUUUUCUUUUAAAACACAAAACUAACCUUGUGCCAAGCUUCCUACCUGCACUUUCAAGCAGUACUUGUAUUAUAUCUUUAGCUAACCAGUAUAAUACUUCAGUAGACGCUGCAAUAGUUCAGAGACUGGAGAGUGAUUUCCAGGUGGAAUGUUUGAAAGUAACUGAGUGGUUCAAAGAGGUGUUGUGAUCAUAUCUUGGGUUCUGCUGUUUUCAUGAUUGGCUGGGAAACCAAUGACUCUGUUCUGAAACAUCAGUUCUACAUGAAUUCUAAUAUAGAGUGUUUCAUCACAUGAAUAAUAAAAAAAACAGUGUAAAUUCAACAGUAGCUGCUAAGAAACCAACUAAACUUGAUCUAGACUGAGUUGCAUUCAUUUGUCAUAUUUCUCAUUUUGUAUUUGUAUAUACAUAUUGCUACAACUGCCCCAGAACAUGUACGAUUUGCAACAUACUUUAUUGUAAUGACUACGAAAACUAAUAUUAGCAUUUAUGAACAUGUGAAAUAAUCAGGGAAAGACGUCUAAAGAAAGAAUUGUGAAUGGAAGACGGUGUGUUACCUACUCUUUGUCUGGAUUUUCCUUUUGAUGCAACUGCUAAAUUGACCUGGUUAAAAAAUGCCAAGAUCAAAGUUACACACAAUGAUGAGGUAAGUCAUUCUAAGGCUGUCCUGAAUACCAUUUUUGGGGCUGCGAAGCAUCAAUGAGAGUUACCCGCGAAUAUUUGAAGUUUCGACCGGGAGUAGGGAAUUUUACACUGCACACUCUACUCUACUUUAACAAAUUACACAUUCUUUUUACUUUUUCUUACUCACCGUUGGUUUAAGUCACUGCAUCUCCCAACAGAACACCACGGUUGAAUUUCAGUGUUAUGUAAUGUAACGAGUUGUCGUCAACUCGAGCACUUCUGCUCCGCAUUUGGGUCAGCCCUAAGUCAUUCGCUUUUUUUAUUUAUCAAAGUUUUUAAAGUUUUUUAUUUCAACUUAGGCCUUAUCUCUAGGAGUGGCAAUGUCAGUGUGUCGGUCUGUUGGUCAGUCAGUCCACCACUUUGGUGCAGACUGAAAUACAGUAUAUCUAUUUGAUAGAUUGCCAUGAAAUUUGCUAGAGACAUCCAUGAAUAAAUCCUAAUGACUGGCAAUCCCUUAACUAGCAUACUAACACACUAAACUAAGAUGGUGAACAUGGUAAACAUUACCUGCUAAACACAAUCUUGUUAGCAUUGUCAUUGCGAGCAUGUUAGCAUGCUGGCAUUAGCAAUUAGCUCAAAACACUGCUGUGCCUAAGUACAGCCUCAUGGAGUUGCUAGUGUGGCAGUUUAGUCUUGUUGUCACUUUGGCCAACAUUCCUAAAGGUUAUGAUGACGUUGUACUCACCAAGUACAUUGCAGAGAUCUGGGAACAUGGCGACAUCGCUAAAAUUAAGUCCAACAAGGUAAAACCCAUUUCCUGUACCCUGUCAAACCUUUUUUUAGCAAUGUUGCUCUGUUCCAGGAUGGCCAAAAGUAUGAAAAUGAAACCCAAGUUGUACCAAACCCGAAUUAUCUUAAGCUUACAUACUGAAGAUUGUAAGAGAUAUGUGCUGAAGUGGUUCACUAGUUGUGACCACGCUAGUUUUUUGAAUUGUUGCAAACUGUUUAAUCAAAAAAGAUACUUGUUGUUGCCAAGUUUCUGUACUAAGACUGUACCUGAUAAUUGUAAAAUGCCAAUGUGACCCUCCUGAAAAUUGUUGAAAUUUUAUACCAAGCUAAUACUGAUUGUGUGGGACUGAUUUCUCAUUCUUUAAAACCUACAAAAUCUGAUUAUUGAACUAAGGGAAACUUUGACAUUUUGAAUUUCUUUCUGUUUCAUGCUGUACAGCAAAGGGUUUCUAGGGUUUUACUUCAGUUAGCCUUGAAAAGCUUGUUUGCAUUGUUAACAUCCCUAAUUGAAAUCACAAGGAGCUGCCAGCUAAAAGCAGUUCACUUUGCAUUCCUGAAGAACAUUUAGACAAGGAAAAUGUAACUUGCAGAUAUGAUAUAUAUUUCAAACAGGCACGAAUAUCUGGAGACAUCAGCAUACAUCACCUUUCCUCCUUUUACCUCUGUCUAAAAUCAAACUGAUAUGUAAGGAAAUGCCUUACUGCUUUCUUGCCUUUUCAGUUUAUAUUUCAGGAUAGCUGAUGAGUGUGGUGUAUUAUAGCUAAGAGGGAGAAGAAUGAUUCCACUCCGCUGGUCAGAUUUGAUUCAGGAAACAUUAUCUGAGAGCAUCGCAGGCAACGGCAGUGGCAACGGAGGGCGUCGGCGCUUGUAGAAAAGUCUUAAACAGACACCAAAGACUUGACAUGCCUUUUUCACAACUAAUGAAUAUUUUGCGGCUCCCGUUUCUGUCUCUUCAGCAACCCACAAAACCUAUGCUCCCUUCAGCACAAACAAGCUAUCAAUCAGCAAGGGUUUUCUUGUCAAGAUGAAGGAUGUGCUGCACACUCAUUUGCAGGGACUGUGAUUCCUGUUUGCAUGUCAGACAUACAGAGUGGAACUUAUUGACGUAGGUGUUGUUUGAAUUAGAUGCUGGCUGAACAUCUCCAAGGCCAAGGUUUGUUUUUUCCAUAUCAUCAGAAGCAUUGACGAGAGGAGGGGAAUCAAUAUAUCGACUUUAAUCAUGGCCUUUGGGUGUCUGAUUAGUGUAGAAACAUGUUUCACAGCUGGCAUUGUGGUGAUGUGGUGUUUUUAAUUUUUAAAAAGGUCGAGAGCAGGUUGCUCAAACAGCAAGGUGAGACUCAGUAGGAAGAAGAAAAUAUUUGAUUUGACAAUGAACUCAGAGGAAAGGACAAAGUUUAUAUUUAUAGACUGAUAACUGACACUGAAUCCAUUUUUUCGCCAUCAGAUAACUGUAGCUCCUCACUCCGCUUCUCCUCGUUUCACAAAAUCACAUACUGUGCGCUUACUGUAUCUAAACUGGAGGGCUCCGACUCUCCUCUCGGGUCAUGUUUUUACUUUUCUAUGUACAAGAGCUAAGGCACUCUCACUGUCAGUGCUUAUCAAUACAGUCAAAGACUUGAAAAAAGAAAAACAACAACAACUUUUUUUUUUGCAACAUUUCAAUUCUCCCAUAAUCCCUCUUCUAGAUGGAGACUAGCUGCGUGACCCAAAUCUACUGUUGCGGCAUUUAAUUUGCAUAGAGGGCCUCCAACGUUGUACAAUGGCUUCAGAACAAAGUGUAGGCUUGGAAUGAGUGACACGGAAAGGACAGUUAGGAUAACAGGAAAAUAUAGAUCCGUGGUUGCUUGUUCCUUGAGGUUUGAUCAAAAUUAGAGUGGAUAAAGGUGUAAAAAAAGAAACAUAAAUAUCAUACAUACAUUUUCAAUUUCUAGGGGUUAGGAUGUCGUGUAGGAUUUUUUUUGUCUUUUUUGGGGGGGGGAGGGAAGGGCUAUGUGCACACACAGUAGUUUGUUCAUUGAAGCUGACUUACAAUCACAAUCCAUACCUACCAUGAAAGAACCUGACUCGAGUUGUGUUGUCGCCAUAAAAAUGAAGAGUUUGUACUUUGUGACUCUUAAACUUUUUAUAUUUGUGUUUAAUAUAUCAAUGAGUACCUCUGUUAACUUUUGUAUAAGACCUAUGACUAUAGUAUACAAACACACACAUAUACACACACAACACACCUCCGCAAAAGGGACUCCAGUCUGUCUCUGUGACGGCUAAAUGUUGUAUAACUUUUAUUUUGUGUCUUAUGAACCACAUCUCUUCCUUUUGUAGUUAUUGGUAAACGUUUCGAUUUCCAGGUGACUUUGAUUUGGUUACUCUUGUACUACUAAGCUCUGUAUUUGCAAGCACUGUAAAUGCGAUUCUCAUUCGAUUCGUCCUCUGUACAUUUAGUACUCUGAUGUUGCUAUUAAUAAAAUUUAAAACAACA